AUGGCCAUGGAAAGCAGUCUCAACCCGGAGUCGGAUGACUUCAAUCAGGCCAGACCGAAUUUCUUCAUCGGUCAACACGACUCAGACAGAGUUGAGGCUCUUACAGACGGUCAAUAUGCCCAGGUGCUCAAUGCUGGUUAUGGAUUCACUACUGCACCGGUAACCAGUGUGCACUUUUUAAACCGGGUUAUAGACUUGUACAAGGCGCAUAAGCAGAAGGUGGCAGAGCUUGACCUUCCAGAGAGCGCAAAGUCUAACCAGUCUCUACCGGGACCAGUGGUGCCAACUCUCACCAACAAAGAUACAUCACUCUUUCCCAGCAACUAUGUCACUGCUUUAGUGGCGUAUUCGAGCCCGUGGAUUGACCUUUGCUCACCGGAUCCGCUGAUUUCCAGCAUAUCUCGCCAGGCGUUGAAUCUAGAGGUUGCCUAUGCCAACUUCUGUGGUGUGAGGAGCAUCAUUAUUCCCGGCCCCAGGAAGGACAGUAGCGGCAAAGAGGUUGCUCAGUAUGCGCGCGCAAUCCAGGAGGCAUUUCUCGUGGCAAGCAGGGUCAACCUCAUCAUUCAUAUGCCCAUGUAUAGGGAGCCUGGACUGGAGGAAGUAUCCGAAACACUCACGGACAAGAUCCACGGGAAGAAGGACAAUGAUAACGAGACAGCAACUGAGAUCGAUCUCUUUGGUGCCUGGGACAGCUGGCACACUAUACGUUCGAUUUGCAAUUAUAAUAUCCGGUUAUUCGUUGCAUUGAGGAUACCCAAGCGUCUUCCAGAGAAGGAGCUACAGACUCGAUGGUUUGCAGAGCCGUUGCAUUAUCUGACGUUCGGGCCCUCUGCCUUCUUGCCAAACCGAGCGGGACAUCCUUCUCUCAGCCGUCACCACCAGGACUUGAUCAACAAUUACAUGCGCCUGAAGAAUGCGCCCUGGAUUAUUUUGUACGAUGUAGGACCGACAGCAGCCGAGAUCGAGACUGCGAUGAGCGGUGUGAACAUUAUGAGUACAGAUUUUCCAACUCUGGACCAGGCGCAUACGGCUCUGAAGCGGUCACUUGCCAUACAGAAUGCGCACGUCUCCUAUAUGAAAUACUUGGAGCGCCAACAACCACCGCUUACUCUGCUGGAGAACAGCACACUCACAAGUUUCCAAGACUGGCUCCAGUCUCCCCUGCAGCCUCUGUCGGAUAAUCUCGAGUCGGCAACUUAUGAAAUGUUUGAGGGUGACCCUGUCAAGUACAACUUGUAUGAAGAGGCCAUCACAGCUGCAAUGGCCGAGUGGAAGGAGUUGAAGAAGCCAACUUCGUCGGUGCCAUAUGACAACAACACUAAGCCUGCGCAGCCGGAACUCAUUGUCGCCGUUGCUGGUGCCGGCCGUGGGCCCUUGGUGACUCGUGUCCUGAGGGCAGCAGAGCGUACCAGCACACCGAUCCAAUUAUGGGCUUUGGAGAAGAACCAAAAUGCUUAUGUCUACCUCCUUCGUCAGAAUGAACGCGAAUGGGGUGGCAAGGUCAAGGUUGUCAAGACCGACAUGCGAGACUGGCCGGGUCCUGUGCCCGAUGGCUAUAACGACGUCAUCACUACAAAGGUCGACAUUCUAGUCACAGAGCUGUUGGGCUCGUUUGGCGACAACGAACUGUCACCCGAGUGUCUCGAUGGAAUCCAGAAGCACAUUGCGAAGCCGCACGGAAUUUCCAUCCCGGAGUCUUACACCGCAUGGCUCAGCCCGAUCUCUACUCCGCGUAUCUUCACCGACCUCAGUUCUCGUGUCAUCGGUGACGCGAACGCUUUUGAGACUCCGUGGGUGACACGGCUCUACCAGAUAGACUUCGUCUCCCAAAAGGUGCCGGACAAGCCACGAUUCCAGCAAGCGUGGGAAUUCAUACAUCCAGUUCAGCACUCACUCAUCGAAGAAUGGGAGGAGGAACAUGGCGACCCAGCCCCGCGACUUCGGACGCUGGGAGGCGGCGCCAUGAACAACUCUGGCGGUCUCAACGAACACAACACACGGCACUGUCACUUGACCUUCUACUGCCGGCCGCGCGGCGUCAUCCAUGGCCUGGCGGGCUUCUUCGAGUCGACUCUAUAUCGGCCGCAGGUGGAGGGCAGGGAUCUCAUCGAGCUCAGCAUCUUGCCAGAGCAGAUCGACAAGAAGAGCAAGGACAUGAUCUCUUGGUUUCCCAUUUUCUUUCCCUUGAAGACACCCCUGUACUUCCCACAGGACUCAGAGCUAGAGGUUAGCAUGUGGCGGCAGACAGACGAUACCAAAGUCUGGUAUGAAUGGAGGGUGGAGGCGUUCACGUAUAUCGGCCCCAACCAGCGUGUUAAGGUUGGGGCCUCGGAGUUGCACAGCAGUCGCAAGGUUGCGUGCCUGAUGUAG